AUGGUUGUCGAGAUCCUCAUUGCGGUGGCCGCAGGCGUCGCCAUCUGCCACAAACACCACAAGAAGCAGCGCAUCAACGAGGCUUUUCGGCGCGACUACGAGGCGCGCAACGGGCCCCUCACCGAGGACGAGUGGAAGCAGCUGUGCCGCGACCGCAAGCGGGCGGCCAAGGCGGAGAAGCACGCGCGCAGGGCUGAAGCAAAGGACAGGCGUCGCGGCUGCUGGCGCACAUCUGUGUCUGCGCCGGCGCCGCAGCAGCAGCCCGCGCCCGUGGUGACGGCGCAGGCACAGGCUCCGAAAAUGGACGUCAAGUACGACGACCUGGGUGCGAGGGACGACGGAUAUGCGCCGAUGAGUGAUGAUAAGCGGAUUUGGAUCCCGGUGCGGGGGCCGGAGGAGGAGCCGCCGGCCUAUAUGCCCGGGACGGGGACGGUCCCCCCGGAGAAGAUGUAA